GUCAUCAUAAAGCAGCUGUUUUUUUCCUUGCGUUACACUGGUUACACUCUACUGUGAAUAUGGCUAAUAAUUCGUAUUAUGGUGAAAAUAGUGAUGUUGCAGCUAUAUUUUUUGAUUUGGACAAUACUCUAAUACAAACAAGAAAAGGGGACACGAGAGCCUGCAAUAAGAUUAUAGAGAUUCUGCAGCAACAAUAUGGGAUGACUGAAGAAGCUGCAGUGGAGAGUGGGACAAACUUCCUUCGCGCCUUCAGAGCCCGACCUGACGAUGACACAUACGCUCUGGAUGAAUGGCCCGCUCACCUCUGGCGCAACUGCCUGCCAAAGAACUAUAGACAUAUCGCCAAAAAUAUAUCAACCGAAUGGGUAAAAUUAAGGUUUCAGUGUUUGGCUCUAACGCACGAAGUAAUACAUCUAUUGGAGACACUGCGGGAGGAUUACCUUCUCGGUCUGAUCACGAACGGGCCGUCUCGCGCCCAGUGGCAGAAGAUUGAACGCCUGGGCCUCCGCAAGUACUUCGACUGCUUGCUGGUGUCCGGAGACCUGCCGUGGGAGAAACCAGACCAGCACAUCUUCCUGGAGGCCUGCAAGAUGCUCAACGUCGAGCCUCGCAUGUGCAUCAUGGUUGGAGACAAGCUGGAAACUGAUAUCAAGGGAGGAAAAGAAGCUGAACUAGGUGGCACCGUGUGGAUCCCGCUGCAAAAGGACAUGGAGUCUUCAGACCUACCGGACUUCACGAUCGACAAAGUCACAGAGUUGCCAGAAGUGUUACCAAACUCACCCAAACUGAAACGCUCCGAGCACACAUCUAACAUGACCUGCUGAUAACUUACUUUUCGAUGGCUGUAAUAUUCUACCUUUGGCAAUGACUUUUUGGUACACGCAAUUUUCUUAACAGUAUUCGAACAAAGUACAAAAUUUUGUUUUCAGUACAAAUGUAUAGGGUUUAGUUACAACGUUAAAAUAUUUAUGAAGCAUAUGGAUGCUAUUACGAAUUUAUCUUAUGCACAAGUUACCAUACAGCGCUUGCAUAAUCCGUCUAUACUUAUCUAAGUAUUAACAAUGUUGAAAAUAUUUAUUUUUCUGUCUUCUAGGUAGGAAUAUAAACGCCUGAUUACUUUUAAGGAUUGAGAGAAGCAUAUUUAAUGCAUAUUUUUAUAAAGAGAUUUCAAAUAUUAUUUUUUAAGUUUUGGUUGUACUCUAAGGAAACUUCUUAAGAGACUGUCUUAUGUGAUACUGAUAGUUGUAAAUAUUCCUUGUAAGAUGUCUUGCUUGGUUUGUCGUUACUGAUUACAAUUAUCGAAAACUAAAUUAUGAAACGGGAGUUAUGUCACAUGGGUGCUCACAAAGUGUUAUGGUUCUAGGUGUUGUGGGUAUAUUUUUAUCAUUACCAUACAUUUUCGUUUAGAGUUAGCUUGUAAAAUGUCUGUAGACUGAUAUGUAUAUGGUGUACAUAUUGUGUAUAUUCCUAGUUGUUCCUUGUAAAUCUCAAACUUAGUAGAUAUUGACUAGUCUUAUGACAAACUACCUUUGGUAGCAAACUUCAGCUAUGCUUACCUAUUAAUUAUCAAAAUGCCUAUCUGUGCCAUUUUUUGACUUCACAAUACCUUUACUUACAGGUAUUUCAAAGUUUAUUAAAGUUACAUUUUGACAAUACUCUAAAAUUUUGCUUAAAUAAAAACAUCCCAUUAUCCUAAAUUUUGGGUAAAUACAUGCAAUUAUGAUCAUUAGAAAAUUAAUAAAGAUCAUUUGGGUAUAAAA